CCUCCACAGCACAAACCAUAGCACUUCAUUCCUCCCAUGUCAUCACACUCCGUAUCGAGUCAGGCCUGUAUGCAUUCCGCCUGGCCCGUUCGACGAUUGCUUCAUCGCAAGGACCAUUGAUAGGCGAAGGUGUCUUCACAAUGGCUGGCAGUCCACUAUAAAACCCGCCAGCUCCCACACCACCUGGGCUCUAUCUCGCCUCACUUGGAUCCUUAUGUCAAAGAUUCUCAAGUUGUUUGCCAGGCAAUCAUUUCAUUCGCGAACUCUUUUCACAUUUUCCACGACAAUGGACGGGGCGGCUCAUGCUGAACGGCUCCCAUGGCACCUGCUACAGGCAUGGGUCGCGGAGAAGCAAAGCUUCGAAGCUGAGCAUAACCGAGCUGCACCUGUCACAGCUGAGGAGGAAAAGGCCCUUUUGCCUCUGCUUAGACUGCUCGCUCCGGCACUGGCGGCCGGCCCUGAGCUGGGCGACGAGAACUGGAUUGGCACGCUUAAUGAACACCUUCAACAACGAGGACGUGACGUUCCCGAUUAUGAUUAUGAAUCAUUUUACGUCCUCAAGGGAACCCCAGCAAUGUUCAGAUGUUUCGUGCGCCUCCAGGGACUGCCGGAGCGUGUGCCGGGGCCCGCAUACGGUCUUGAUGCGGACGGUCAGUGUCCUUCAUUCAAAAGCAAGAAGGCUGCCAAGACAUAUGCUGCUAAAUGCGCAUUCGAAUAUCUGACCCGAGCCGCCCCCUCGAAGCGGUUGAGGACUGACGAAUAUGAAAGUCGAGCAACUGUAAGCGCGGACAGGCACGAUUCAUUGCCAGCUUCAGUACCAGCGGCCGAGACUCGAAAGUCUGCAGAGAACUCCCUGCCAGCGCAGAGAGACUCGCAGGGUUUACUAAACCAGCCGUCUUCCAAACACAGCUUGCCUGCUGACCGAAGUGGAAACAAUACUAGCUGUAGGCCUAGUAGCUCUGCGAGUGUUGGCAGUGAGCCCCAAGAGUCCUUUGUGGCGAAGGUGUCCAAAUUGUGCCAAGAAUUAGGCCAGCAGUCACCAGAGUACAAGCUCAAACAGACCUCGAACGGCUAUUAUGAAGGCUAUCCUGUCUUCAAGUCACCGACCAUGUCACUUCCUGAAGGUGUCGGCUUUAUUCGCGACUCAUUGGGGAAGAAAGAGACCAAAGAGAGAAUCGCAGAAGUGGUCUAUAUACACUUGCACAGGGAACAUCAAGAGUACCUUGAAGAUGUCCGGAAAUUCAUGGAAGAUUUACAGCCACCAGUCACGUAGUGUGAUGCAGAAAGACGGGCGUUUGUGUAAGAAGCAACCUUCGCGCGCCUGGACAGAGUCCGAUCAGCUGUGGAUCUCAGCAAGUUGUGUUGAUUGUGCAGAGCGUGGGUUAGGAUGA